AGAAAAAGAGAUAUCAGAAUGAGAAAUAAUAAUUUAAACAAUAAUAAUUAUAGUAAUAGCCAUAGUAAUUAUAAAAUAAAUGAUGAAGAGCUUAAUUGGUUCACCGUAUCACUGACAAAAUAUUAUUUAACGAAUAAUAAUAAUAAUAACGAAUACAAUCAAACUAGUAGAAAUAUGCCUACGAAAUUAACCAAUCCGAAUGAUUCAUUCGAUAAAUUAGGUAGACAGUUCACUGAAUUAGCUAGAGAUGUUUUAAAAAAUUAUUCAAUUGUAGAAAGGUUCGGUAGAAAAGAUUUGUAUUCGAAAAAGGCAUUCACACCGAGAACUGCUAUUAAGACGCAUCUAUCACCACCUACAUCGUCAUCAUCAUCAUCAGCCUCCUCGACGUCAUCUAACUUCAACACACCGGUAACACAACAUCGAAGACAGAAGAAAUCGAUUGCUACACAAAGAAAUAAUAAUAAUACUCGGUUAGAGGAACUGAAUACAAGGCGGCAGGUAAAACAACCCAACAACAAAUCUAUGACAAUACAUAUUAGUAAAACGGAUAAAGUUAAGGAACAAGAUUCGUCGAAAGUGAAAACUACCGCUGCUGCUGCUAUGGCAACUCCACAGUCAAGUACCGAUUCAUUGAUGAGUAACACCGUGUCAAUUGAAUGUCAUACUCCACAAGUUUUCAAUCAUCCCUCAGAACCAAUUAUUAAUAGAGACAAAUUGAAGAAAUCGCCAUCAUCAUCACUGUCAUCACCUUCCGCAUCUUCUGCGUCUGUAUCGUCGAUUCCCUCACCGACUUCAACAUCAAAAUCUGAGUUGAAUACUGAAAAGCUUAAAUCGACCGACAAUGAAAAAUGUCAGACCAAAACGGGAUCGACAGAUUUCGAUGAUGAAUCUACAGAAAUAAAAAAUGAAGACACUAAAGAUAAACAGAAAGCGAAAGCGUCGUCCUCCACGAUGCCGUCCUCAUCGACGACAACACCAGUAUCAUCAGCGAAGUCAACUCAUCAUCAAAGCCGUCGUAAUCAUCAGCAUCAAACUUAUCAAUUUGUUGUAAAGUCUGAAACAUCGUCCACUGGACAGACAAAACAAAACAAAUCACAUACUGCCUAUUGUGAUAAUGAAACAUUGAAUUCCAAAUCAUCCGGUAUUGGAUUUUAUCGUAUUCUGAAUACAGUUGGAUCUGGAAAUUUUUCACAAGUGAAAUCAGCAAUGCAUGUUCUGACUAAAGAACGUGUGGCUAUUAAAGUCUUGGACAAGAGUAGAAUGGAUGCAUCAACUCGACGUUUACUUAGUCGUGAAAUAUCUAUUCUGGAGAGUUUACAUCAUCCAAAUAUUAUUAGAUUAUAUGAGGUUAUUGAAACAUUGACACGUUUAAAUCUUGUCAUGGAAUAUGUUGCUGGAGGGGAUUUAAAUCGUCGAAUAGUAAAAUAUGGUAAAUUAAGUGAACCUGAAGGAAGAAUUGUAUUUGCUCAAUUGAUUGCUGCUGUUAAUCAUUUACAUGAACGGAAUAUUAUACAUCGUGAUAUUAAAGCUGAGAAUAUACUCUUCACAUAUAAUUUUCAAAAUUUACAAUCAACACAAUCGAAAAUCGAUACACAGGAUGAUAAAUCAAUGAAACAUAAUAAUAAUAACAAUAGUAAUACUCUAAAGACAAGAAGUAAUCUAAGCGAUAAAAUUCAUAAACUUCUACGGCAUAGAUCACAUUCAAGUAAAUCGAGUAGAAGUCGUGAUUCACCGACAAAGGGAGAUAGUCAUCAUCAUCAUCAGCAACGUUCUUCACGUGAAAGGAAUUCACCACAGCUAGCAAAAUAUGCUACGAAUUUGUUAAGGAAUCAACAAUAUCAAGAGGGAGGUAAUCGGCAUAAAGGUAAUCUACCGACAAGAAUGUAUUCUAAUGUAGAAGAAGGUUAUGCUAAGACGAAAUUGAAUAAAUUAUAUCAUCAAAGUGAAUCAGUGAAAUCAUCGAGUUAUGAUGGUGAACAUUGUGAUGGAGGUUUAGAUAUAAAUGGUUUAUGUCCUGAUCAUUAUCGUGUAAAAUUGGUGGAUUUUGGUUUUAGUAAACUAACUAAGUCACCAGAUCAACAGUUGACUACAUUUUGUGGAUCACCUGCAUAUGCUGCACCAGAAUUAUUCGAAUCUCAAUCUUAUCGUGGUGGGCCAGUCGAUAUGUGGGCUCUCGGUAUUGUGCUAUUUUUCAUGUUAACCGGUCUACUACCAUUUCGUGGUUCAACUGUUGGCCAAGUAAGACGACUAGUUUUAGAUAAUUGUGGUCUACAACCCCCGGAUAGUCUGUCUCCGGCAGCAGCAGAUCUUUAUCGUAAUUUAACCGCUCGACUACCAGAAACACGUCCUACAGCUUCUCAGUUGAUUAAAUAUGCCCAAUAUGCUAGGAAAGAUUUAUCACCUAUUGAAAUCUCAUUACGUCAACGUUCAACAUGGACAAGUUGGUUAACUGGACAAACAUUUCCUAAACCGCUGCCUCGAUUUAAACAUUGUCCUCCGCUUCCUUCAAAUUCAGUGCUACAGCCAAUCUCAUCAACAUCAGACACUAAAUUGACCAAUAGUCAAACAGAUAAAAAACAAUCACUUGACACAGAACCCUCAACAACCAAUCAAAUUACGUCAAAUUCAAAAGAAACACCUACGACUUCUGAAUCAACCAAUCAACAAUCAGAAGAUACAACUAACAACACCAAUACCAAUACUAUUAAUACUACUUCUGAAAAUGACUUAAACAAAUCAGUAGUGCAUGACAGUAGCAAUCGAAAAUCAUGCGGAAAAUUAAUAAGAUGUCAUACAAUUUCAAGAAAUUCAAUCGAUAAUGAUGAAAUAGAAGCUGCUAAGUUAUUAUUAAAUUUAGGCAUUACAACUGAAGAGAUAAAAAGUUCAUACAAUUAUGAGUCAAGAAGUGCUGUCACUGGUGCAUAUCGUAUUAUGUUGCAUAAAAUUCAUAGAUCAAGACGUCUCAGUCGACUAGAUCACAUGAUGCACAAUGUCGGUAGUACUCAUAAUAAUGAAGACAAUUCAACCAGGUUUAAAAAUACUCUUUCCACAAUUAAAAGUUCAACAUCUCCUGGAAUAAGGAACAGUCCUCGUGAAACAGAAUCCAGCACCACCACCACCAACAACAACAAAAGCAGUAGCAGUAGUCAGAACAAGGAUCCAACCAAACGUCAAACAUUCCCUCAAUCAGCAAAAUCAACUGAACACACUGACAAUUCAAAGGCUAGUAAUCAUAAAACACAGUCAACUACACAAAAAUUAAAUGAAAAACCAGAGAGUAGAUUAUGUCAUUUAAUAUAAAAAAAAGAAAUGACCGAAUCAAACCAGAAUACAAACAAACAAACAAAGUUUUAUUAUUCAAUGUAAUUAUUUUGUGUUCCACUAGAUUCACUUUAAUCAAGAACGUUCCAUUGUCUUCCUAGACAAUAUCUUCAGUGCUGGGUCCAACGCAAAAUCUAGAAUAACAGUGAAAUCGACAGAAUUAAGCCCCUUCCUCCCCCCCCCACAUUCAAUCUAGAGCCUAGAGAUCACAAUAACACCAAAAAUAUUCAUCUGAGAGCUAAUUAUCUUCAUAUAAAGGAUUCUAUUUUACUAUUGACAUCACAGCUAUUAAUUUUCUACAGAUUUAUUUUUAUUUUUAUCUGUUUUUCGGAGACCAGAUUUAGAAAAAGAAAAACGUUUUCUUUCUCAGAUUUAUAUUCCGCCUUUUUGAUUAUUUAUUUCCA